AUGGAAGCAGUUUUAAGUGCAUUAAAGACAGGUCAAGUCAUUCCUCAAUUCCUUGAGGCAUCUUUCAACCCAUCAACAUUGUUGACUGUAACAUAUAACAAUAAGCCAAUUGUAGCUGGAGAGAUUCUUACUCCAUCUCAAGUUACUCAACAACCAACUAUUCAUUACGAUGCCGAUCCAAAUGCUUUCUAUACUUUAGUUUUCCUUGACCCAGAUGUUCCAUCACGUGCUGCGCCAACCUUUGGACCAUGGCUUCACUGGAUAGUUACUAACAUCCCAGGUAACAAGUUGAGCGAAGGUGAGGUCUUGGCAGAAUACAUCGGAUCAGGACCACCCGAGAAGACUGGAUUGCACCGUUACUGCUUCUUCAUUUUCCAACAACCAAGCAAGCUCAAGUUCACCGGUGAAUACAUCUUACCAACCACUGCUGCAAAGAGAGAUAAAUAUGAGUUUGAAAGAUUUGUUACAAAGUGGAACUUGAGUGUUAAGGCUGCCACUUUCUAUGAGGCCGAGUUCGAUGAUGCCGUGCCAGGUCUCUACAAAAUGCUAGAAACAGUUAAAACUCAACCACAAUUAAUUGAAUAA